UUUGGAAAUUUUUGUAUAUAAGGUCUGUAAAAUCUGAAAUUAUUUUUACUCUAAUCUUAGUAUUUUGUUACAAUAAUUAAAAAAUGUCUGCUUCUGAAACUCGAAUUUCUCUUUGUGGUAAAUUGGGUUUAAAACCAUUAAAUGCCCACAAUAUUUUAUUUUACUAUGCUCCGGUGCAAGGAGUACUUAGUUAUACGGCGCUGUCCAUAAAUGUUAUGAAUCCAUCAUUAGUUUUAAGAAUCUUCCCCAAAAAAGAUAUAACAAAUAUAUUGCUUUUUAACACUUUAGUGGGAUCAGGAUUGUAUUUAUAUAACAGACCUCAUUUGAGUUUACUUCCAGCCAAAGAACGACUUUUGUAUAGUUCAUUUGGAGCUGUUACCUUUUCUCUUGGAUCUGUACUGAUAUGGGCCAUUGUGAGAAGCUUGGUACCGCAAAAUGUAGCUUUAUGUUCAGUGUGUGGAAUUGGUUCAGGUCUGGCAAUGCUAAAAAUUGCUUCUAGUUAUACGGAACAUGUAGACUCUUUAAUUGCUAAAAAGGCAUAAAUAUUUAUAAUUUAAGUAAUUGGUGGUAUAUAUAUCCGUAGGCUUAUGACUGUUUUUUUAGUAAUAAAAUUGUAUGUAGAUGUUUU